GCUGCCCCUACCCGGCUUACAGCUGUGGAGCGUCCCACAGUCAUCCGAAGCGCAGUCCACCGCCGCAGCACACCAGUUGUGAGCACGCCAGUGGUGACCCUGAAGGAGCCAGCAUCAGAAGCCGCAGCCGCAAACGUGACAGUGGCGACCACCAAGCCUUUGGAGGCAAGCAGUGUCCUGGCUUUGCCAACCCCAUGUCGCCAGGGAGGACGUGCCCGAAGCAAGGACAAGGAGGAAGUGCACGUGCAGCAGAGGCGACGCUGCUCCCGUUGCGGCUUCGAAGAACCUGCCAGCGGAG